AUGCUAGACAUGGGCUUUGAGCCGCAAAUGGAGAAGAUCAUGGGGCAGAUUCGUGCGGAGAGGCAGACGCUUCUUUUCAGCGCCACGUGGCCGAAAGCUGUUCAGAAAUUGGCCGCGAAGUAUCUGAAGAAGGACUUCGUUCACGUCAACGUCGGCGAGACGGAGGAGCUGGCGGCGAACAAAGCGGUCACGCAGGAGUUCUUCAAGCUAGACGACGACGAGAAGGAGAACAAGUUGUGGAGGAUUAUGUACGAUAUGGCUGAGGGCACGAAGAUCAUCUUAUCCCCGGUGGCGGAUCAUCUUCGCCAACACCAAGAAUCGUAUCAAUAA